AAAUUUGGUUAACGACAAAUCUUCAUCUUCUCCAUCAACCAUGUCAAUUACUGCAAAUCCGUCCACAUUCAUUCCUCCUCUCUCCUUAACAAUGGUGAUGAUCCCACCAACCAUUUCUUCCAACUUACAAUUUCAUCCUAAACCCUUCAAGGCAUCCAUAGAAUCUCAGCCGCCAUGGGAGAGACCUUGGCCAUGGAUUCCACCUUCAUCCAACCCAUCGAGCACCGCCCCAAGCUCGAACCUCUCAACCCCAUUAACGAAGAAGUUCCAACCAUAGAUCUCUCCAUCUCCCUCUCUCGCACCACCCAACAGCUCGUCUCUGAAAUAGCCUCUGCCUGCCAGAACUGGGGUUUCUUCCAGGUAAUCAACCAUGGAGUUCCUCUCGAGCUGCUCGCGCGAAUUAAGAAAACAGCCAAGUUGUUUUUUGAUCAGACAGUGGAGGAGAAGAGGAAGGUGAAGAGAGAUGCAGCUAACGCUAUGGGAUUCCAUGACGGUGAGAAUACGAAAAACGUUAGGGAUUGGAAGGAGGUGUUUGAUUUCUUGGUUAAGGAUGAGACUUUCAUUCCGGCUUCACAUGACCCAAAUGACAAGAAAUUGAGGGUAUUGCGUAAUCAGUGGCCGCAAUAUCCCCCUGGGUUUAGGGAAACAUGCGAGGACUAUGCAAGAGAGUUGGAAUUGCUAGCUCAUAAGCUACUGGGGCUGAUUUCUUUGAGUCUGGGGUUAUCUGGUGCUGAUGGACUGAAGGGCUAUUUCAACGACGAGCAGACGAGCUUGGUGAGGUUGAAUCACUAUCCUCCAUGUCCGUCUCCGGAUCUCGUGCUUGGUGUUGGCCGUCACAAAGAUGCUGGUGCCUUGACAAUCCUGGCUCAAGAUGGUGUUGGAGGGCUGCAAGUGAAGAGAAAAUCAGAUGAAGAAUGGAUUCCUGUCAAACCAGUCCCAAAUGCAUUUAUUGUCAACAUUGGUGAUGUUGUUCAAGUUUGGAGCAAUGACAAAUAUGAAAGUGUGGAGCACAGGGUGGUGGUGAAUACUGAGAAAGAAAGGUUUUCUUUUCCAUUCUUCUUCUUUCCAGCGCACCAUAUGAUGGUGAAGCCAUUGGAGGAGCUUGUGAAUGAGCAAAACCCACCAAAGUACAGAGAAUACAACUUUGGAAAGUUCUUUGCUUCCAGAAACCGCAGUGAUUUCCAGAAGCAAAAAGUGGAAAAUAUUCAAAUUGACCAUUUUAGGUUGCCUUUGUGAAUUGGUUAAGCUUUUGUCUUCCAUUGCCUUGUAUGUUCAAAAGUUAGAUGAUCCUCACCCAUCUUUUAUGUAAAUAUUGUUUGGAUUUUCUGCAUUAUGUUUUAAUAGUAUAACUAGUGCACUUCGAUAAAAUUUAUUAGAACUAGCUUA